CCCCUUCUUCUCGUCACUCCCUGCCCCUGGACUGGAGAACUCUGAAGAAAGGAAAAUCAAAACCCUAGCCCUUCAUCGCCGCUGCCGUUCUCGGGUUCUCAGCGCCGCCGCCGUUCUCGGGUUCUCAGCGCCGCCGCUUCUCCCUCUUCCCCGUGUUUGGAACCCAGUAGCUCGGCACGUCUUCUUCAUCUUCGCUGGCUUCUCGGCACAGAACCCAGUUUUUCUGGUUGAAUCAUUGGUUGGACCGGUUAGACCAAUAAACCAAUGAACCAGUGAUUAGAACGGUUUAAUGACCGGUUCGGUUCUCAGAACCUUGCUCCCGAAGCACACACAUAUCGUGGCAUUCAUUCAUCAUCAUAAUUAAAGUACAUAAACCUCAAAACGCCGUCGUUUCAUUCAUGGAGGCUCACGGAUCCGGUCUCCGCCGCCUCCUAGUUCUGGCGUUCUGUGUCGUCGGCAUCUGGUCUGCCUACAUCUACCAAGGCGUUCUUCAGGAAACUCUAUCCACAAAGCGGUUCGGUCCAAAUGGCGAGAGGUUUGAGCACCUUGCAUUUCUGAACUUGGCGCAGAAUGUGAUUUGUUUGAUAUGGUCUUACAUAAUGAUUAAGAUAUGGUCAAGUGGGAGUAGUGGUGGUGCACCUUGGUGGUCUUACUGGAGUUGUGGAAUUACCAACACUAUUGGUCCAGCGAUGGGAAUUGAAGCACUCAAGUAUAUUAGUUACCCGGCUCAGGUACUGGCAAAAUCCUCAAAAAUGAUUCCAGUUAUGUUGAUGGGUACUAUAGUGUAUGGUAUAAGAUACACUUUUCCAGAAUACGUCUGUACAUUCCUUGUUGCUGGAGGGGUAUCAACAUUUGCACUUUUAAAGACUAGCUCAAAGACUAUGAGCAAGUUAGCACAUCCAAAUGCUCCCCUUGGAUAUGGACUAUGUUUCCUGAACCUUACAUUUGAUGGAUUUACAAAUGCAACUCAGGAUUCCUUAAAAGCAAGGUACCCUAAAACAAGUGCUUGGAAUAUUAUGUUGGGAAUGAAUUUAUGGGGAACCAUAUACAAUAUGAUUUACAUGUUUGGCUGGCCCAGUGGAAGUGGAUUUGAAGCUGUUCGCUUCUGCAAACAGCAUCCAGAGGCAGCAUGGGAUAUUCUUCUCUUCUGCUGUUGUGGUGCUGUGGGCCAAAACUUCAUCUUUUUGACAAUAAGCCGAUUUGGCUCUUUGGCUAACACCACCAUUACUACCACUCGCAAAUUCGUUAGCAUUGUGGUAUCUUCUCUGUUGAGUGGAAAUCCGCUUUCAACAAAACAAUGGGGUUGUGUUUUUAUGGUAUUCACUGGAUUGUCAUACCAGAUCUACCUCAAGUGGCAGAAGCUACAACGACUGCAGAAGAGAAAAGCCACUUGAGGAGCAACCUUCAGCAAAUUUGAAUUCACACGUUGGUGUUGGCUCAUUUGCCCAUCAACCAUUGUUAUAUCUUGAUAACCUUACAAGUUUUGAUGAACCCAAUUUAGAUUUAUAAGAAUUUCAUAGAAAUGUUUCUUUAAUAUAGUUGUAAUUGUACUCCGGGCAAUAUACCAUCCAUCCAUCAUUUGAUCUCAAUGUAAAUGUAGUUCAUAUCUCAUUCCGUUGUGGAUAAGUGGUAUGUCGGAAUGGAAUAAUGGCUAUAUUCAAUUAACAUUACACCCGUUGUAAUUUGGUAUUGAUAAGUGAUAACUCCAGUUGAGUAGAUGCUAUUUUUAAAUAGAAGUUAAGGUUGAAUAUUCCGUUUCUUCUUGGUUCA